CUAUUGUUAUUAUUGGGGGAACAAUCCAUUUUUUAUUUUAGAUAAAAUUUACUAAAUCCAUGGAAAGACUGAAGCAGAGCACAACAGACCUUCCAUCAGCAGUUUGGCAUCCUUUUGGAACACAGGGAUGCAAAUAUUUGAGAAAGAAAUGGAUGUUAAUUUCUCUGUGUGCCCUAAGUUUUUUGUUUAUGUAUUGUUCUAAACUAUACAAAUGGACAUCAAUAUGGGAGCAAUCUGAGACCCCUCUCAAAGAAAUGACCGUAGAUGAAUUAAUAUUCUCAUUAUCAUGGGCUUCCUCACCCUCCAACUUCACCUCUUUCAACAGCUCUUCCAGUGCUCAGCAUAGUGUGGUCAGGCUAGAGCAGCCUAGGCCUCAGUACUGUGUUGGUGAUACAUUGAAUGUGCUCGUGGAGAUUAGGGACUAUGCAGGGCACCCAAAAGCAUAUGGCGGGGACUUCAUCCUGGCCCGGAUCCACUCUCCAAAGCUCCAGGCAUGUGCAUCAGGAGAUGUCACUGACCUCCUCAAUGGCUCCUAUCGUGUGCAUUUCCACUUGUUUUGGCCUGGAGAGGUGCAAGUCUCAGUGCUUCUGAUCCACUCCUCUGAGGCAGUUAAGGUACUCCAGAAAGACUGGAUGAAGAAUUACAAUAAGUCCAUGCACAUGGGAACCUUUAGAAAUGGAAAAAAAGAGGAGAAGUCUCAGUGUGCCCUCCGGCUGAGCUCAGACAGACCCCUGUGUCAGUACAGGAAGAAGGAGGAUGGCGAAUAUUACGCCUGCUACAAGCCCCAUACCCUUCCCUGCGACUCUCUGUCCAUCAUGCAGUCCUACACCCACCCAGGUCCUAAUCUGACAAAGGAGGAAGUUCACCUAUUAGCCCAGGAAAAUACUGGAAUAGAAAUACCAAACAGCUUCAACCCUCUGACAGUCGCUGGUUGUUCUGGCCCCUUCCUCAGUGAAGAUGCCAUUACCAGUUGUUUAAAGGGAAAGAUUCUCUACCUAUUGGGUGACUCCACUGCACGCCAGUGGAUAGAAUAUUUGGUUAUAAAGCUGAAAGGUCUGAGAAUUGUGCAAGGGAGUCGUUUUCAUUCAUAUUUGGCUGUUGAUGCCCGUAACAACAUCACUGUCCGAUGGAUUAAGCAUGCUCAUCCCUGGCUUAGCUAUUUCGAAUCCAACAUAAAGACAUCAGUCACCGUUCCUGAGGUACUGGACAGUAUAGAAGCUGGUCGUGGGCAGAAGGAUGUGAUCGUGGUCAUUGGAAUCGGCCAGCAUUUCCGGCCCUACCCCCCAGAAGUCUUUAUCCGAAGGCUACAAAGCAUCCGCCGGGCGAUUCUGCGGUUACACGCCCGCAUCCCCCAGGCCGUUGUUGUUAUAAAGCUGGAGAACACCAUUGAACUGAAGUCAGAGAUGAUAAGAGACAGUAACUGGUAUGGCUACAUACAGAACCUGGCUCAGAGGAAAGUGUUUGAGCGCCUGAAAGUGGCUCUGGUAGAUGCCUGGGACAUGACUGUGGCUGCCAACACUUUAGCGGUCCACCCUAAUCAAGUUAUUAUUUCUAAUCAGGUGGCUCUGUCCCUGUCGUACUCCUGUCAUUAGGCAUGGGUACUGUCCGAAAGGUUACUCUGUAAUUAUAUGUAUUUGGAUACUUUUUUUUACAAACUGCAUUUGGAGAUACUGUAUGUUGAUAGCAUAAGUGGCGUAAGAGUUAUUAUUUUGAUUUCAGGAUUAAAAAAGAAAAAACGUACCAUUCGGUCAGCGGGAGAAGCGGAUUGGUCUCUGCUGGUCCGGCUGGUGAAAAGAGCACAUGCACCUGGGCAGCAUUAACUAAUCAGCCCAGGUGCUUAAAGGUGUAUUGCUCUCCACAGUUUGGGUUCGAGACUGGGAGCUCACACCGAGAGGGCAAGUUUAGAUUUUUGAUUUCGUUUAGUUUCAGUUUUGUUUGUCCCAGCACAACAAAGAAGUUAAAUGCUGCAAAGCGGGUCUGCUGAAGAGCAGGCCAGCUUUGAGCGGUGAGCCGAAAGGCUGCCGUUCAUUUUUGCUUUCUUUUGACUUUAUUAUUUUAGUUUGUUAUUUUAGGUUUUCGCCCAGAACCUGUGAUUAGAUUUUGUUAUUUGUGUGGAUGCACUCUCUCUCUCUCUCUCCAAGUGGCAACCAACGGUGUUUCUCUGAACUGCUGCAUCUCCCUCUCAGGGGUGUCACACCCUAUACAUCAUCCCUGUAGUGAAGCAUGGUGGUGGCAGUAUCAUACUAUUUGGAUGCUUCUCUACAAACAAUUGUCUGCACCCCACAACCCCUGGCCAACCUACUGAUGCCCACCCACCCAACCAACCCCUACAUACCUGCAUGCACUUCUUCAUGUCUCCUGUUUGUUCUGGGCCCUUGGUGGUGGAAUGCACUUCCCACUGCAGACUAGCAGAAAACCUGCCAAUCUUUCGACACACACUGCAGACUCAUCUGUUUAUUUUGAACCAUGGCUCCCCUGACCCCAUUUAGAUGACCUUCAUUUUCUCUUUAAUUUAUUGGAUUUCAUUUUGGAUUAUGCUAUAGUUAUAGUGGUGUAAUGACAGGUUACCUGUCUAGUGGUACUUUCUUUACUUACAAUAGAAAUUGUUGUUUAUUAGGUUAACAUUAAUUAUAGAAUAAUAAUCGGCCUCUGUGCCUUCUUGGUGAUACUGCAUUUUUGUAGUCCUCAGAGUUAACGCUGAUAUUCUCCACUAUAGAUUGGUAAGAACAUCUACCAAGUGUUUGUAAUGUAAUAUAAUGUAAAAAGGGACAGUGAAACUUGUCAGAAUUGAAGGACAAAAUGGACAGUGCAACAUAUAGACAAGUGCUUGCAGAAAACUGGUUUGAUAAUUCACACUUAAGAAUAAUAACAAUCCAAAGCACAGCACUUAAAAAUGAUUUAGAUCACUAUUCUUUAGAGACCCAGACAAAAUCCUGACAUCAACCCAACCAAAAGUUGUUGCAUAAUUUAAAUGUACAGCCCAGAAGCAAUGUCCAUGAAACUUGAAAGAAAUGGAGCUGAUCUGCCAAGAAAAAUGGAUGAAAAUAAUUCCCAACCAAUGUGGACAGUUGGUAGAUACUUAGCAAAGACUUCAAGUUGUUAUUGUGGCAAAAAGUGCUUCCAUGAAAUAUUAAUGUGAGGGGUCUAAUUACUUAUCCAA